AUGAGCGUGGUUGGGUUUGAUAUCGGUAAUGACAACUGUGUUAUUGAUGUUGUAAAACAACGGGGCAUUGACGUGUUGUUGAAUGAUGAAUCAAAUCGUGAAACCCCCGCUGUGGUGUGUUUUGGGGAGAAACAGAGGUUCUUUGGAUCUUCAGGUGCCUCUUCUGCUAUGAUGAACCCAAGAUCUAGUGUAACACAAGUGAAGAGAUUGAUUGGAAGGAGGUUAAAGGAUUCUGAAGUUCAAACGGACCUAAAAACAUUACCAUUUGAGACAUCAGAAGCAAAGGAUGGUGGCAUUUUGGUUAAUUUGAAAUACUUGGGUGAAACGCACUCAUUUGCACCAGUUCAAAUCUUGGCAAUAUUAUUUUCACAUUUGAAAGAUGUGGCGGAGAAGAACUUGGAAAUGCCAGUCGUAGACUGUGUGAUAGGAAUACCAUCAUACUUCACAGAUUUGCAGAGACGGGCAUAUUUGGAUGCUGCUAAAAUUGCAGGUUUGAAGCCUUUGAGACUGAUGCAUGACUGUGCUGCAACUGCACUUAGUUAUGGUAUAUAUAAAACCGAUUUCUCCAGUACCGGGCCGACAUAUGUGGCAUUUAUUGACAUUGGUCACUGUGAUACUCAGGUGUCUAUAGUAUCAUUUGAAGUUGGGCAUAUGAGAAUAAUGUCACAUGCUUUUGAAAGCAACUUGGGUGGGAAGGAAUUUGAUGAGGUUUUGUUUGGUUAUUUUGCGGCUCAGUUUAAGGAGCGGUACAAUAUAAAUGUAAAUUCUAAUAUCAGGGCUUGUAUUAGGUUAAGAGCCGCAUGUGAAAAGUUGAAGAAGGUUCUAAGUGCAAACUCAGAGGCACCCUUAAACAUUGAAUGCUUGAUGGAUGAAAAAGAUGUUAAAGGUUUCAUCAAGAGGGAAGAGUUUGAGAGGCUGUCAUCAGGUUUGCUGGAGAGAGUUGGUAUUCCUUGCAAGAAAGCUUUAGUUGAUGCAGCCAUCUCCGUGGGAAGUAUUCACUCGGUCGAGCUUGUGGGAUCUGGAUCUAGAAUACCAGCAAUUGCUAAGUUAAUAACUUCUUUGUUUGGAAGAGAACCUAGUCGGACUCUAAAUGCAAGUGAAUGUGUGGCUCGUGGGUGUGCUCUGCAAUGUGCAAUGCUUAGUCUAGUUUUUCGUGUAAAAGAAUAUGAUAUUGAUCCUUUACAAGGCUCCAGUAAUGAUAAGGCAAGGGUUAAGGUUAAAGUCCAGCUAAACCUCCAUGGUAUCAUCGCUAUAGAGUCGGCUACGGUAAACAACGUCCACUUUCAUGCAGCAGAUGGUUUGAGAGAUAGAGGCAACCGUAGGAUCAAUAUACCAGACAAAAUUUUGGAACAAGCCAAGGAAAAGAAGAAUGCAUUGGAGUCGUAUGUCUAUGAGAUGCGUAAUAAGUUGGUGGAUCCAAUUGAGAAACGAUUCAAAGAUGAGGAAGCUAGAGAAUAUGCCACAAGAGAAUUUCUCAAUUCCAUUGCGGAGUUUCGAGCUUCAUCAGAGUCUCUUCCAAAUGAGGAUAGAGAGCUGAUGAUGAAUGAGUGCCAUAAAGCAGAACAAUGGCUGAUAGCAGUAACACAGCAACAAGAAUCCAUGCACAAAGACACUGACCCUGUGUUAUGGUCCAGGGAUGUGAAGAGCCAAGCAGAGAACCUUAUAUCGUAA